UCUGAGCACCCUCGUGAGAGUUACUUGGGCAUGGACCGCGUCUUUGCGCUUUCUAUUCGCGUUCUGCGAGUCCCGGAUCUCGACCCAAACAACAAGUAUUUGGCUUUGGGUCGACGUGGGGACGAGGACCUCGAGAGGACCUUUUGGUUGCCAGUAGAAACAUACUGACACCUGAUUGCAACGCUUUACUGACCGGCAGCCGCACUCACCUGACAUCACUGGCGCGUACGACACAGCCACAGUAUACGAACACUCACUCAACACUACUUCCCUUUCAGGUAGCCUCCCUUCACAACAUCCCCUCAUCAAUACUUUUCGAGAUGGCGUUAUAUCAACCCUCCAACAAUAACGCCACAGCUACCGCUAUCUCCAUGUCUCUCAGCCACGAUGACGAGCCCCUUGAGCGCUCCUUGUCUUCUCUAGUUCCAACGACCGUGGGCCGCAACCAACGCCGCCGCAUACCCAUGCUCGAAAUCGACGAGGAUGGGAUCGAGGAUAUUCAGGUCCCCUUAAUUCCAGCGAUCGGACGGAUCGAGGACUUGAUUCGAUAUCCUUCACCGCCGUCCUCGCCGCCAUCACCGUCAACACCCAUCAUCAGACCAGUGCCCGACCACGGGGCAACGCCAAUACCUGACUUCGACCUGCAAGACCUGUUUGCACCAGCGCCGGUCCGUGGGUCGGUCAUCCGGACGAACGAGGAUGUCCUCUGGCGUACUUACAAUGGAGUUAGUGGGGCGGGUGGUGCUCCACUUGAGCGUCUCCUGCCAGUUAUACGUGUCGUGCCAGAUGAGGAGGACUCUUCUUCGACGCGGCCACAACGUCGACGACACCCACGGCUUCGAUCUGUAUCAGAAACCCCCCAACGUCUCGAAUUCUUUCCACCCUUUCGGUACUCUGCAUCAACUAUCCGGACAAGGGCGGCGACCGAGGAGGGCAGGCGGGAGACAAGUUUACCGAUGCUGGGUAGGCCGACUUUGACACCAAGCCAACAGGCGGAGGAUCUUGCGGGCUUGAUAUACACCUUUACUGAGCAUAUUGCUCGGGUGCGACUUUGGGCGAGGAGAAACGGAUUAGAUGGGAAUGAGGGUUGAAAGACGGUGGAACUAGACAGGUUUCCCUGGAGUGAGUGUUCAAGGGGUCCUUGGUGUUGGUAGAAGCGACUGGCCAAGAGCAGAGGACCGUGUUUCUUCGACCAUGUAUGAGUGCUACUGAGAUAGAAGAUAAUAGUAUAUGGAAAAUGACAACUCGU